GGACGGAGAGGGAGGGGAAGAGAUGGGGACGGAUGAUAGGGAGGGGGAGUGAGGGGAGGUUGUCCCCUUCCUCUUGUUUGGGUUUCUAAAGAGGCAGAAGGGGAGGGAGAUCGACGGAUUCGAACUCCCUCCAAUUACCCUCAACUCUGCAAAUUUGCAAUCCUUCCAAUUUGGGGGAAGCCAUGCUUCGUUACCAAUCACUUACCAAGAACUUUAGUAAAAAAAUCCUUAACCUCGACCACCGCAACUACCACCACGAGCAAAUGAGAAAUUUUCUAAAACAGCUACCUCGCCCCUGCGACGUUUUCAUCAGCCAUCGAGGGAUUGACACCAAGAGAACCAUUUCUGGGUUGCUCUACAACCAUCUAGUCAGUCUUGGGCUCAACCCGUUUUUGAACAGUAAGAACAUGAAGCCUGGCGACCGGCUGUUUGACAAAAUCAACGACGCUGUUCGACACUGCAAGGUUGGGGUUGCUGUCUUGUCCCCGCGUUAUUGUGAAUCAUACUUUUGUCUCCACGAGCUGGCUCUGAUGAUGGAAAAUAGGAAGAAGGUCAUUCCAAUCUUUUGUGACGUGAAGCCGUCGCAGCUCCAGGUUAAGGAUGACGGGUCUCAUCCAGUUAAGGAGCUGAGGAGGUUCCAAUGGGCCAUCGAGGAAGCAAAGUACACUGUUGGUGUCACAUUUGACACAUUGGGAGGGGAUUUUUCCGAAUUCUUGACAAUGACUACAGAUGCAGUAAUGAAGAACUUGCUGGAAAUUGAAGAAGAAGAUCGAUACAAACGGAAUAUGUAGCAGAUCAUAUAUACGAGGGAGCAUAUCAAUCAAUAAAUAACAUAAAAAAAAAAAAAAUCAAUCAGUAAAUGCUAU